GCUGCAAGACGAGAGGGCAAGGGUAAGGAAGCCUCCGGGCAAAGGCUUGGACAGAAGGAAACCCUUCGCCUGGCCUCCUCGAUUUCCUUGGCAUUCCUAGCAUUUUGGAGGGCGUUAUGGGCGAAGACGUGGUGGAUGUCAAAACGGAACCGAGCUAAAGAUAGACUGCACAAUAUUGAAUUGUUCAAAAGAAUGUUUCUUACUCGCUUGGGAACUGAGACAGGCUAUCAGUUAGCGCUACCAACUGGGACGGCUUGGGGCACGACGAACUAAAACACAAGCUGGCAACCUUUUUAUGUUAAACAAGGAGAAGAACAUUUAAAAGGAAGCCUCCCAAAAGGUGCCAAGAGCGCUUGAGAGUUGCUCUUGCUCCAGACCUUGUUUGCAUGGCUUCCAAAAUCACAAGAAGCCAAGCAAUCGAGGGGGGCAUGGAGUCUUCUCGGUGCUUCUUCAUUAUAAAAUUCAUCUCCCUUGUCUGCUGCUCUCCCUCUCUUGUCUGCUGGCUGUCGACUCCUUCCGUCAUAGUUAUAGAUUGACUGUACAGAAUUAUCUAGCAAUUUUGCUUUAGCCAUUUCUGGAUGAAAAGAGGUCUUACGUUUAAAACAAAAGUAGAAGAGGCGUCUCCCUUAUCUAAAUGCAGAUAUUUAGAAAGAAUUGUACAUUGUUUCUAUAAUUCAGGACUCGAACCCUUGAAAAAUCCUUAAUCUGAGAGGGAGAUUCCUAGAAAAUAGGAGCAUGGAGAUGUUUUACCAGAUUUUGAUUCUUUUCAUUUCCAUAAAAAGGUUUUAGUUUAGGCUUGUGACUUGGACUUCUGGUUUAAUGGACAAUUAGGGAUCGAAUCGCCUUAAAAAAUACCCUAAACUCUUCACCUUGCUGCUGGUAUGGUAAUUUUAUACUGGGUGCUUGUAUACAUUGUAUCAAAUACUGUGAUAUUUUUGCUAAGUGGGAAAUGAACCGCUUCUCCUAUGCAGAGGUAUUGAGAAGUAAUACCUCUUACUUCUUGGUGUAGUAUGCUAGACUCAGAGAGAAAGAGGGUAAAACACAGGUGCGAGAAUUGUCCGCAUUGCUGCGGCUGGUAUCUUAAGAAGCCGGAGGAGGGGUGGGGGCUGUCUUCUCGAUAUCAUAAGCCUUGACUGCUAAUAAGAAGCUCGGAUCGGACUUCCAACUUGCUGGGGCCAGGCUGAGAUGACCACCGACCUAAACUAACGCCUAGGCGAGCCACGAGAGGUACCCGAGGCUCGCCAAAGUUGUCUGAGCUUCAGAAAUGUCAGGACAGCCACGAGUUGUGCAAAGAGUGGGUUGAGAAGAGGCUGAACAGUUCGCUUACAGGUGGCUUGUUGAUGUACAGGACGUAAUAAUUCGCUCACGCCUUUGCUGUUUUAUAUUAGUGCAUAUGCUAAUAGACCAGAACGCGCUAAAUUAUGAGUCUCAUUAAAACCCGGCAGCGUUUUCCAUUGUUUUUCUCCUCCUGCCACUUCGGUCCUUCGUUAUAUAACCUCAUGCAUGCUGCUCCCCCUCUGAGAACUAGCAAAGGCAGCCACGUGAAGACGUGGCCUACUGCGCGUGGAAUACCCCUAGACAUGCUUGUGUGCAUAUAUUCACACAUGCAUGCAUAUAUGCGAGGGCACACACAUCCACACAUCACCUUCGGUACAUUAUAUUUUCAAAUCUGUAGACAUACAUAUCCACCCACGCACCCUCCGUGCACAACUACAAGUACACGCACGCACGCACGCACACGCGCCAUUCAGACGUGGGCAGGAGAGCAGCUCGCCGCCUACGAAACCAAACUGGGAGUGGUUGUGGACGAAGGCUGGGUUUCCAUUGGCUGCACGCAGCCGCCGUGGCGUGGGGGUAUCUCUAAUCAUAUUCAGCAUGUUGUGCACAAGAAAUGUCAGCCAGGAAGGGCUCUCUGCUCUCUUCGCCAAAUUAUCCCAAGGAAAUGGCAUGUUCGGAGACCCCAGCUGCAAACGCCUUUUUGGUGGACUCUUUGAUCAGCUCAGCCUCAGGCAGAGGGGAAGGAGGGGGAGGCGGCGGCGGCGGCGGCGGCGGAGUUGCAGUAGGCGGAGGAGGAGGAAGAGGCGGCGGCAGCAGCUACUACCCGAACAACGGUGGUGUCUACCUGCCACAGGCGUCCGAAUUGCCGUACGGGUUGCAAAGCUACGGGCUAUUCCCGGUCCUGAGCAAAUGCAGCGACGAUCUGCCCCCUCCGCCGCCGCCGCCAAGCAUGGUCCCCACUCCGCACACUUACAUGUCAGGGAUGGAGGUCUGGCUAGAUCCCCCGAGAUCCUGCAGCCUUGAAGAGCCCACAAGCCCACAGGCGACCUCCUGCUCCUUCGCUCCCAGCAUUAAAGAGGAGAGCUCCUACUGCCUCUACGACUCGGACAAGGCCCGCAAAGAGGCACCGGCCACCGACCUGUCGCCUUUCCCGAGGCUAAGCGCAGAGAUCUGCGCCGUGAAUAACGUGGCGGCGGGGGUGCCUGUCCCGGGCUACUUCCGCUUGUCUCAAGCCUAUGGCACCAUCAAGAGCGGCAGCUGCUACAGCAGCUCCCACCAACACCACCACCACCAACAGCAGGAGCCGCCGCCGCCGCCGCCGCUGCUGCACCCAGGGCAAAUGGUGGCUGCUUCCCAGUUUGCCCCGCAGCCCCAAGUGAGCUUCGAGUCUUCUCCGCCGUUCCCUCUGGCCGCCUCGUUGCCCGAGCAAGGCAAGAAAGACAGCGAGGAUUCUUCCCCACCCAGCACUUUGGCCGGGGAUUCGCAGAGAGGAGAGGAAGAAGGGCAGGCUUCUUCUUCUGCCGCAGAAGAGCUGUCGCCGGCCCCCUCGGAGAGCAGUAAGCCUCUCUCCGAGAAAGAAACCCUAGGCGGCCAGAAGGGAGAGAAUGCAGCCACCUGGCUUACUGCGAAAAGUGGUAGAAAGAAGCGGUGCCCUUACACCAAGCACCAAACGCUGGAGCUGGAGAAAGAGUUUUUGUUCAAUAUGUACCUGACUCGUGAGCGUCGCCUAGAAAUCAGCCGUAGUGUCCACCUCACGGAUAGACAAGUUAAAAUCUGGUUUCAGAACCGCAGAAUGAAGCUGAAGAAAAUGAACAGAGAGAAUCGGAUUCGGGAGCUCACAGCCAACUUCAGUUUCUCCUGAUGGACCUAUGGACACCUUUGAAUCGUCUAAAGCAGCCGAUACAAUCCUGCACCCCACCCCACCCUAGCUCACCCCACCCCAUUUGGUCAGGCUUUAACUAUUAGCACCUGUGUGGAUCUGAACCUUUCAGUCCCGCUCUCAGCCUCUCCAUAGUCUUUUUGUGAUUGAUUUCGUUGGGAUAAAGCCAUAGCAAGGCAAGCCCAACAUUCCUUCUGAACUUCCCUUCUUCUGUUCUUACUUCUGGAGACCCUGGCCCUUGAGAAAUAGGAUGUCCCAAACACUACGUGCCUAUUCUCUUUCCCUAACCUACCCUUUAAAAAAACAACAACAGAAAGCAAUCAGAAAAGAACCUAGCCAUAGGAAAGGUGCAUUCCGAACCUCUCCGCUAAGCUAUGCCACAUGUUGCAAACUGGGGUUGAGUGUAGUUUUCAAUCAUUUAAACAUUUGAGCACACCACCCCAAACAUGGAUCGGGUUUGUUGUUGUUAUUAUUAUUAUUAUUAUUAUUAUUAUUAUUACUAUUUUCUUGUUUAGCCAAUAUUAAGCAGCUAUUGUGGAAAGAAACAAAAAGUCAUAUUGUUUAAGAAGCCAAAACUGUUCGUUUGUUUACUGUUUUUUUUCCCAAAUGUUUAAUAUUUCAGCUUUAAAAGUUUUUUUGGAAAAGAGGGAGAGAGAAAGAGAGGGGGGGGAAGAGAGAAACUGCUCCUGUCCUUUCUUGAAAGAUAAGAACAGUUUUAUGUUCCUUAAUGGUUAAAUUAUUACAUUUCCUAGUUGUAGGUAAUUUUGUUUUAGAUAAAUGAUUCUUAACCAUUUGUUCCUUAUGUUUGACAAGCACAGACAAAGAAAGAUGCGAAAGAACAUUUAUUGAAUGGAGAAGGGGUGAAGACCCCGAUUUUGCCUAUUCUGUACCUAGAAAUGUGUGUGUGUGUGUGUGUGUGUGUGUGUAUGUGUAUGUGUAUGUAUGUGCAUAUACACACACAUGCACACACUCUGAAGUAUUUCCUGGCUGUAUAGCAAAGAAGAAAACCCUUAUUUCCUUGAUACUGUGAAGUUACAUGCAUUGAAAAAAAAUCAAGCAUGUAGUACAAAGAGAAGAAAAAAAACCCUAUGGAAUAGAUAUGUAUAAAUGUCUAUUAUUAUUAAAAUAAUUAAUAUUAUUAAAAUAUCAAUACAGUUGGAAGCAAA